AUGAGCUUUGACGGGGCAUUAGCUUUUAGUAUCUCCUCAGGCGUUACUAAAGCACAUGUUUCUUUCAUCAAUCACGAGGAUUUCAUUUUCGAUGCGAUCUAUGGGGUGACUGUGGAUGCCAGGGCAUUAAAAGAGGGGGGAAAUAAGAAGAAACUCAAUACAACAAUUGAGAACGAAUUCAUCGGCAUCCCUUUCUAUGCGAUCAAAAUCCCGAAUAUUAUCAUCAUUGGACCACAAGUUAUUGUCAAUGCUGCCGCCAGUGUCUACCUUGAUGCCCAUGGUGAGUUCCGGGCAGGGGCGAGAUUUACCCUUGAGGCGGGUGAAUUGACCCUAGAUGCGAUGAAUUCAUCAAGAAAUAUUGCAUCGGGCUUCAAGCCGUCUCUGGAACCAAUCUUUGAGAUUACAAAGGGAAACGUUGUUGCGACCGCUGAUUUAGCUCUACCCGUUGGGGUUGAAGCUGCCCUUGAUAUCCUGGGUGGAACAUGGAAGAAGGCCAUUGGCAUCUAUACCGCGCCCUCUGUAUAUUUGACAGCUGGAGUUUCCAAAAAUGAAGGGCAUGCCUGUGAUAGCGGAAUUGAGCUUCGGUUUGGCGCCAAAAAUCGGAUUUACAGUUCCGCUCUGGGUAUAUGGGAGUACGAGUUCAAGAGACUGGGAAUCACAUUCUUUGAGACUGGUCUCGGCUGUCUUUCGACGAAAGGCUGGGACAAAAAUCAAGUAGAGCCCACCACUCAUUUCCACGAUGAGAUUAUAGCCAAGUUUGGUGGGGAGGAUCAGCUUGCAACAAACAAGACCAUCCAACUUAUCCAGCCAGAACCUGUUAUUUACGAUGAUGAGCACUUUACAGAGGAAAACAAAAAGGAAGAAGAGCAGAAGCUCAGAAGGCUUCCUGAAUCAAACGGUUUCCGUCUGAUCCAAGAUGCUGGACAGGCAUCGACUUUAGUUUCUGGCAAGGAUGGUUACCUUUACAUGGUCAAUAACUCGGCAGAAUAUGAUAUCAGCGCACCAUGGGGCAGCCUUAAAGUCGACGAAAACAUCUUCAAUUACGAUGUCUUUGGAAGACUUCUUUACCAUAACUGGCAAGAUGGCAGCAGGGCGUCGAUGAGAGACUUGCAUGUCACUGCGGCCCGGCAUAUGCCAGAUUCCGUGGUUCUCAUUAAAGAUUCAGAUGUCGAAGCAUAUGGAGUUACAUUCCAGGCUGGCAACAAAUUCGGGAAAAAAUUAGCACCUUUGGAGCCCACCAUGUAUUCUCAAGGCGACAAUAUUCCGUACGACAUACAGUUUGUGCAGCCUGAUGAUUUCUGGUCUCCCACAGUGUGUCAAAUCAAAGGUCGUGGUCUUCGCCUAUAUGCGACUCAUUAUCUUGUCGGCGAAGAUGGCAAGCCUAAAAUCCGUGGAGAAAUGCCUCAGGGGUAUCUUGAUUAUCAUCCAGAAGACUAA